AUGAUGGACGAUGAAAAGUAUCCAAGUGAACAUCUAUUAUUUGAACCAUUACCACCAAUUGUAUAUAGUAGAGAUGAUGAAAAUAAUAGUAAUAACAAUAAUAACAUUGAUCAUUUUCUCAAUGAUGAUGACGAUGAUGAUGAAUUAUUACAUAAAAAUCAUUCAUUGGAUGGUCUAGAAAUUAAAGGUCAUGUAAAGGUCUUAUCACCUGUUUUGUGGUCUUUGACAAAUAUUCGCUUUCUUAUUAUGAAUAAUAAUGAAUUAAAUCGACUUCCACCAGAAAUUGGAAAUCUAACAAAGUUAAUUCAUUUGGACUUAUCAAAAAAUAGAUUACGUAGUCUUCCAGCGCAGAUCGGUGAUUUGGUACAUUUAAAACGAUUGUAUUUGGAAAAUAAUCAAUUAAAAAAUUUACCGUACGAACUUGGAAAAUUAAAUAUUGAAGAUAUUGGUUUAAAAAAUAAUCCACUAGGUGAUGAAGUAUUGAGUUUAUUUGCUCGACCAUAUGGAACAAGUGAAAUUAUGAAUUAUCUAAGAGAAAAAUGGAAAGAGUUAAACUCAUUUCCCAAAGUAACAUAUAAAAAUCAAUCUGUUGAACGUCAGCAUGAUCAACAACAACAACAUUCUCGACAGUCAUUUCACAGUAGUCCAAUCCAUCAUACUCGAACUCAACAGCAAUAUUAUUAUCAGCAACCGAUCCAUCAUUCCAUUCAACAUUAUGGUAACACGCAGCAGCAACAGCAUAGCAGUCAAAUUAAAUACAGUAAUAAUACAACAACGAAUGAAACAAAAAUAAAUUCAUCAACAGCGUUAACCAAUACCAAUACUAAUCAAAGUAACAAUAUUGUUGAAAUAGCGGUUGAAAUACAAAAAACCUGUGAAUGGAAUGAAUUAGAAAUAAUGGGAAAUGUUAAAAAUUUAUCUCCAACAUUGUGGACAUUAACAAAUUUAACCGUUUUAUAUUUGAAUGAUAAUCAGAUUAAUCGUUUACCAGCAGAUAUUGCCAAUUUGACAAAUCUAGUCACCUUAGAUCUUUCGAAUAAUAAACUACGAGGUUUACCAGCUGAAAUUGGUGAUUUAAUCACAUUGAGAGAAUUGAAUUUAACAAACAAUCAAAUUCGACAAUUACCUUAUGAACUUGGAAAAUUGUUUCGUUUACAAAGUUUAGGUUUAAUGGCUAAUCCACUACCACCUGAAAUUUUGUCGUUGUACAGUGAACAAAAUGGAACACAAAAACUGAUGACCUAUUUUCUCGAUAAUCUUCCAUCACCUAUAAAUGGUAUGAAUGUUUGUGAGAAUUAUCCAUUAUUUUAG